AUGCCCCGGACAGAAGCCAUCCCCCAGAUGGGGGGGCUGUACACCCCGGUGCCAGAGACGGGCUCCCGCGGCUGCUGGGCGGCACAGACCACGCUGUCCACAGAGAGGACGGCGCUCCGCGUCCCCUGCAGCCUGGGGACGAGGCCCGGCGUGGAGACCGUGCUCAGCCUGUCCUCCCUGGGCGGGCAGCUGUGGGGCUUCGAGGCUCCUGGUCAGAGCAGGGCCCUCGCCGGCUUGCCCGAAGCUGGCUCCGUGGCGGCCAGCGGUGCCGGGCCUCGUGCUGGCCGCCUCUGCCGUCCCUUCUCCGCGGGGCCUGCGCGCGGCAGCAGUGUGAGCUGCCUCCGGCUGACGCCCCUUUUGCUGAAGGCGUCGCCGGGCGCCUGCGGCCUCCCCUUUCCCUUCUCUGGUCCCGGGGCCGGCGCCGAGGGCGGGGGGGGGCUGUGCCCAGCACGGCUGGCAGGGGUCUUGUCGGCCGACAGAAGCCGCCCUGACGUGGUGACGCUGACGCCCUGGGGGGCGCCCGUGGUCUGGGAGGGCACGUUCGACAGAGACGUGCUGAGGCGGCACUACAGCGCCAGGAACCUCACCGUCGGCCUGGCCGUCUUCGCAGCCGGCAGGACGGCCGACAGGGACCUGGCGCCCUUCCUGACGGCGGCCAGCAAGCACUUCAUGGUGGGCUCCCGAGUGGUCUUCUACGUCAUGGCCGACGCCCCCCACGUGGCGCUGCCCCGGUCGGAGCGGGGGGAGCCCCGCAGGCUGCAGGUGCUGGAGGUGCCGGAGGGCGGCUGGGGGCAGAGCGCCGAGGCCAGGCGCAUGUGGAGCCUGGCCGCGCACAUCCGCAGCCACAUCGCGGGCGAGGUGGACUUCCUCUUCAGCAUGCUGGCCGACCAGGUCUUCCAGCGCGCCGUGGGGGAGGAGGCCCUGGGCGCCUCGGUGGCCCAGCUGCACCCCUGGUGGUACUUCCGGCGCGCCGGCGACUUCCCCUACGAGCGGCGGCCGGCCUCGGCGGCCUGCGUCCCCCCGGGCCAGGGCGACUUCUACUACGACGGCGCGCUGGUGGGGGGCACGCCGCGGGGGCUGCUGGGGCUCGCCGAGCAGUGCCUGCGGGGGCUGGCGCGGGACGCCCGGCUGGGGCUCCGCAGCACCUGCGAGAGCCACCUCAACAAGUACUUUCUGCGCCACAAGCCCAGCAAGCUGCUGUCGCCCGAGUACAACUGGGACGCCUCGCUCUGGCCGCCCCCCCAGGUGCGCGCCGUGAAGGUGGCCCAGCGCUCGAGGCGCAGGCCCUGA